UUGCGCAGCGUUUACGAGUGGCGCUGCGGUCGACGUGCCCAGCGGCUGCGAGGCUUUCCACGUGCGAGCGGUGCCAGUUGCAGACGAAAUGACUCUCGUGGGGACUCUCGAAAAUGAGCAUUCGGCCAAAUUAUUGUCCGGCCCAGCGCUGCAGGAGACGACGGUGAACGGAGUAGACUUGUGCGUCCCUGCCGGAUGCGACAGCGGCUCCGAAUCAAAGCCAGAAGCCAUGACUGCCGCAGCGGAGGCAGAUGCGUCCAGUCUUGGCUCGGCUGAGGACAGUGGCAAGGGUUCCUCGACCUCCGAGGAAGAAGAUGGUGCUGUGCCCAAGCCGGACGCAGCUGCAGGAGAAGCCGCGUCGGAGACUGGUGGUCAGGAGCUCGUCUUUAUCCAGGACACUGGAUUCAAUGUACGAAUUCAGGCACCGGGAUUGGAGACGUUCGACAUUCAGGUGAGCUCUAUGGAGCUGGUCCAGGAGAUCCACCAGCUCCUGAUGGACCGGGAGGACACGUGCCAUCGGACCUGCUUCAGCCUCCAGCUGGACGGCACCACGCUGGACAACUUUGCCGAGCUCAAGAACAUCCCGGGCCUUGUCGAGGGAUCCCUCAUCAAGGUGGUCGAAGAGCCCUACACGGUGCGGGAGGCACGCAUCCACGUGCGUCACGUGCGAGACCUGCUCAAGUCCUUGGAUCCCGGUGAUGCCUACAACGGCCUGGACUGCAGCUCACUGGCCUUCCUCAAUGUAGUCACGCAAGGGGACAUACUGGAGAAGAAGAGUCGAGGGGAGUCUGUUGACUGCACACCGCCCGACUACAUAAUCCCAGGCUGCAAGGAAAGCCCACCACUCGUGCCUCUGCUACCGCAGCCUAAGGACCAGAAGAGUUAUCAAGCCUUAAAAGUGUUGACUACAAGUGGUUGGAACCCCCCACCUGGGCCAAGAAAACUGCAUGGGGACCUGAUGUACCUGUAUGUCGUGACACUAGAAGACAAGAGGUACCACAUCACAGCGUCUACGAGAGGCUUUUAUAUCAACGAGUCCACGGAGGAAGAGUUCAACCCACGGCCGUGUUCACCCAAGCAUGUCUAUCACUCCCUCGUCGACCUGCUGAGUCAGGUGAGCAGCUCCUUCAAGCGCAACUUUGCGCUCAUCCAGAAGAAGCGAACCCAGCGGCAUCCCUUUGAGCGGGUGGCCACACCGUACCAGGUCUACUCGUGGCUCGCACCCACGUCCGAGCACAACGUGGACGCCAUUCGUGCAGAGGAUGCAUUUUCGUUCAAGCUGGGCUACGAGGAGCACAUCCCUGGCCAGACGCGUGACUGGAACGACGAGCUGCAGACGACGCGCGAGCUGCCACGCAAGACCCUGCCCGAGCGGCUACUGCGCGAACGUGCAGUCUUCAAGGUGCACAGCGACUUCGUGGCUGCUGCCACACGGGGAGCCGUCGCUGUGGUCGAUGGCAACGUCAUGGCCAUCAAUCCUGGGGAGGAGACCAAGAUGCAGAUGUUCAUCUGGAAUAACAUCUUCUUUAGCCUGGGCUUUGAUGUGCGAGACCACUACAAGGAACUGGGUGGCGACGCAGCUGCUUUUGCAGCACCGUGCAAUGACUUGCAGGGUGUGCGAGCGUAUGCGGCCGUGGACGUGGACGGCCUGUGCACGCUGGGCACGGUGGUGGUGGACUACCGGGGCUACCGAGUCACGGCCCAGUCUAUCAUCCCUGGCAUCCUCGAGCGAGAGCAAGACCAAUCGGUCGUCUAUGGGUCGGUGGACUUCGGCAAGACGGUCGUCACGCAUCCAGACUACCUGGAGCUGUUGAAGAAGGCCGGAAAUGCACUGAAAAUACUGCCUCACAGUGUAAUCAACGAGAAGGGCGAAGAAGUGGAGCUGUGCUCGUCUGUUGAGUGCAAGGGCAUUACGGGCAACGACAACAGGCACUACAUCCUGGAUCUGCUACGGACAUUCCCUCCUGAUGUCAACUACCUCAUUUUGGAUGGCGUGGAAUUGUGCAAGGAGUCAAGAGCGGCAGGCUACCCACGGGAACACAAGCACAAGCUGUGUUGCUUGCGACAGGAGCUGAUCGACGCCUUCGUUGAUGCUCGGUACGUGCUGUUCAUGAAGCUCGCCGCCUUCCACCUACGAAGCCUAGAAAAGAAGCAGCUUACCAAGGACGGCGAAGAGGUGAAGGAGGACUCCAAGGAAGGGUCCCCCGAGAAAGAUGCCGAGAACAAGGACAAGUCAGAGCCGCCUUUGAUGCCCGGGGAGAUCAGGAAGUCACCAGAACGGCUAGUGAAUGGAGAUAGUCAUGGCACCAAUGGCGUGUCGUCCGAAGCUGAGAGUCAGAAAGAUGUGAUAGUCAAGGCAGCUCGGGGCGUUGGCUCCCUGAAGGACACAGAGUUUGACAUCCGGUUCAAUCCUGACGUGUUCUCUCCCGGGGUAAAGCACGCUGGUGAUGAGGAGCAGCUGAAGAAGCAACAGCGUCUAGUCAUUGAGGCAGCAGACUUUUUGGUUGCCGACCAACUACCUGCUUUUGUGAAAGACUGCGCAGAUCACUCCUGCUCUCCCAUCGAUGGCAUUACGCUCAGCGAAGCCAUGCACAAUCGAGGUAUCAACAUCAGGUACCUGGGAAGGCUCGCAGACAUGCUGGCACCUAUGGAGCAGCUCAAGUAUUUGCAUGCAGUGGUUGUGGGUGAGCUGCUGACCCGUGCAGCCAAGCACCUGCUCACCACCUACCUCCAGGGCGUGGACCCCACCAACAUGGCGGCCGCCAUCAGCCACUUCCUCAACUGCUUCCUCGCGGCACCCACCGCCAACGUCCAGGCUCCCGUCUCCUCCGACGAGCUCAAGAGCAACCGGAAGAAGGGAAAGAGGAAGGGCCGGCACAACUUGUUUUCUGUACAAGACACCAGUGAGUGGGCAAGCCUGACGCCGCGCUCCUUGUGGGAGCAGCUGCGUGGGGAGCUGCGUUCCUACUAUGGCUGGGAGCUGCCGUCAACGGCUGCGUCCGUGGGUGCCUGCCCGGACGAGUACUUGGAGAGCCUGCGCCUGCACAAGUGCUCCCUCCUGCGUUCCAUCUGCCUCAAGACAGGCCUGCAGCUGCUCCAUCGAGAGUACACCCUGGAGCACAGGUCGCGGGCACCGUUCACCGAGGACGACAUUCUUCAGGUAUUCCCGGUGGCCAAGCACGUUCAUCCUCGUGCGACAGACGCGUACCGCUUCUACCUGACGGGCCAGAGCAAGAUCCAGCAGGGCCUGCUUCGCGAGGGCUACGAGCUGGUCAGCGAGGCCCUGAACCUGAUGAACAAUGUGUACGGUGCCCUGCAUCCAGAGAUUGCACAGUGUCUGCGCCUGUUGGCACGCUUGUGCUACGUCAUGGGAGAUCACCUGGAGGCAAUGGCAUACCAGCAGAAGGCAGUGCUCAUGAGUGAACGAGUGAAUGGCAUUGACCAUCCCUACACCAUCACCGAAUACACCCACCUUGCUCUGUACUGCUUCGCCAACUCGCAAGUGACGACGACGUUGAAGUUGUUAUACCGAGCAAGGUACCUCAUGCUGCUAGCAUGUGGGGAGAACCAUCCGGAGAUGCCCGUGCUUGAUAGCAACAUAGGCCUCAUUCUGCACGCUGUCGGCGAGUACGACUUGUCCCUAAGGUUCCUCGAGAAUGCCCUCAAGCUCAACAUUGCGUUUUACGGGAGCCGCAGCCUGAAGGUGGCGGUCAGCUACCACUUGGUAGCUCGUGCUCAGUCUUGCCUGGGUGACUUCCGAGGGGCCCUGCAGAAUGAGAAGGAGACGUACGCCAUCUACAAGGCCCAGCUCGGUGAGGAGCACGACAAGACUCGCGAGAGCUCAGAGUGCCUGCGCCACCUAACGCAGCAGGCGGUGGUGCUCCAGAAGAAGAUCAACGACAUCUACAAGAAGAAUACCACAGCUGCUCUGCCUCCCAUUCAGAUCCAGGCACCGUCCCAGAGCAACGUCCUCGAGAUGCUCAACAUAAUCAAUGGCAUUCUCUUUGUACAGAUCAGUCCACAGGACAUCGAGAACUUCAAGGCCGAGUUGGAGCGCCGUCAGCAGCUGGCUCUAGCCGAGAAGUCCGCUGCUUCCUCCUCCGAUGAGGGAGCCGCCACCAAGGAGCCGUCGGACUCUUGUAGUAACGGUGGUGCCACGGCACAGUCUAGUGGUGCAGUGACAAACGGCAGUCCUGUCGACACGACGACGACGACAGAGACGUCUUCCUCCGCGAAUGCCGCUGCAGCCGAGGAGCCGAGCCGGUGAGGAAGAUGGCAUUCGUCACCAUCGCCGACAACGCCAUCGGAGAGGCGUGCAUCCCCCUUCCAUGAACUUGGUCGCGUGGGAGGGUCGUGAAACGAGACUGGCACCCAGAGGAAUCUGCUGGAUGGACUCUUUAAAUCCGUACCCCAUGGCAUCAUCUAUUUUUCCCCCUCUCCCUCUUCCAAGCUCUUUCCCUCUCUUUUUUUUUUUUGUUUCCUACAAAAGUAGCAUUGUAAAUUUCCCCUUCAUUCCUUGUGCCUUGAUUUUUUAUUAUUAUUACUUAGAUGGCAAGUACACGAAAUCAUGAAAUAGACUGAUUUCUGCCUGGUUUCGGAGGGAGAGUUACAUGUUCUUUUUUUCUUCGGCUUACCGACUUUUUUCUUUUUCUGUUGGACAAGUGUGCUGUGCAUAUGUGUCUCUUCUGGCUCAACGACGUCCUUUCUCGGCAAAGUUGCACUUACUUCGAUACAGUACCCCUUUUUUUUUCUUAAACCCACAGACUCUUAGAGUCGCAACUCCUUUAACGCUCGACACCAACCACAUUGGCAAACGACAGAGCAUAGGAAAGCAGAAGCUUUCAUCACCGAGUGGUUUUAAAAGACUGGAUCUGGAUCUCUCCGCUCAGAGCAGCCUGUGCCGCAUUUCCCUUUUUUUUUUUUUUUGUACAUGCAACGAACAGAUCAAAGCAGUGCUAGGAGCAUGCUCUAGGAGUUGUUGUUGCCUCUGGUAAUAGUGUGCAGAAGUUAUCGCUAAGCGAGUGAAAGUAGCCCCAGGACGGACUGUAGCAAAUGAUUGGUUGUGGCUGCCAGGAAGCGUUACGUGCUCUCGUCCUUUGGAGCGCGCGUCUUGCGCAAGUCGCGCUGUUCGGUCAGCGAGCUUUCACGUCCGCCAUUGCAAAACUGCCGUUCGAAACUUGUCAUUGCCUCGCCGCGGCAGCCCUCCUAGUGAUGAUGGUCAAGUCAGAAGGCAACCAGGUGGACACGAUGAAUAUUGACCGAUAUUUUGUUUGUUUUUGUGUGUGUAUGCGUUCUUUUUUGUUUUUACACAUUAAGGCUUAAUUUGCCUAAUGAGCAGUUCGCCUUCACACCGUUUUUGCACACUUUAUUUUCUUGCCAUCAAGCAGCGUGAUUCUUGUGUGAGCUUCAAGUUUUUAAGCUGUAAGCUGAUGUAGUCACCUCCAGUUCGUGGUAGUACUAAUGGUGUCACAGCAUGUAUUGUAGCGAAAGAGAAAUAUACAAACGAACUUCGUCGGGCACUCUGCACAACGCGCUCGUUUGCAUAAUUAUGGAAGGCCGGUGCAAUCCGGGUGAUUUUAUUUUCGCAUAGUUAAAGACUGUUGCCGUUUCCGGACCGGCACCUGUCGCCCUGUGAUUUCCAAGCUGAAGCAGCAUAAUAAGAUGACUGCAGUUAUUUACAUGCCAUCGCUCAAUCUUGUAUUCUGUGAAAAAAAAAUGUUUUUCUUCAUUGUUGAAUGAGAAAUGUUGGUAACGGGUAUUGUUUAGCACGUGAGGCCACCUUUAUGCUUGCUCUUUUUUUUUCAUAUCUUUUUAUUUCUUUGCUCAGCUGAACUUCGUGCUUACGACAUGAAGCGAACACAGAAGUGCAUAUUUAGCAUCUAAUAAUUUAACUGUUGAGCUACUGUUUCGUUAGAGCUGCGAACUCUUAUUGCAAUGGCAUGGGUGCCAUCAAAGGCCGUGCAUGUUUGUAUGUAUAAUCACUGCUUGUACAUAACCAGUUGAAAAACAAGACUGCAGACACCUUGUGCAAGAUCUUGUUAGUUUCUCGACGUAAUUAUUUUGUGUGCUCAUGCGGACAAUAUUGUAGUGUUCUCUCGCACUUUUUUUUUUUAACUCCAAUGGCUGAGAAGUCACCUCAGUGCAGCUGCUAACAGAGUGCGCUUCGCUGCCCUUUCGGAAACGAAAUCGCAAAAGACAUAGCCAAGUAUUUCUGUUAUCCUUUUGCUGAGAACCGUCGUGAUAGUUUUAUUGCUUUUUUGGAUUGCCGAGUAGAGAAGCAUACUACUGGUCGAACUGCCUGUGAGUCACUAUGCAAAACUUCUCGACAGAGAUUGUGAAUUUCUUGAGAAGGAGAGGAAAGGAACGUUUGCAAUGAUAGUUUGCUGUUUAGUCACUUCGCAAAAUAGUGAGAGUAGUAAAGUCCUUGGAUGUGUAGACCCCUGCUGAGUUGCAGUGCACGCCGUUUCUUGUGCUGUACAAUAAUUGAUGGGAAUACUAGUUCGGGCAUGGCGCAAAGGUGUGCCUACUGUAGGGCAAACGUAAACCUGACACUUUAUCUCCUUCUCUGCAGUAUCUUUUUAAUUUGAAAUCGUAUCAAAGUCAGGGAGUGCCAUUGCCCCCACUGUUGCCACUUAGGUUGGCUUCUAGGUUUGCCAUAACUACCGAGUGGACCAUCUUUUUUGUCUAGGUAAUGCUGCCACUUCGAGAUUACAUAACUCCAAAGCUGUAUUAAGAGAUGGCAAGGCAAACAGGUAAUGCUGGGCUGCACAGAACUGGGGUUUCAAAAUUGCUUUGUUCGUGCCUCGGCGCUCAAAACGGUGCACAAAGAGAAAUUUGAGAAAUGCGUUGCACCAGCAUAAACGACACGAAAUGUCUGCUGAGCCGCAUAUUUCAUUUUUCAAGGCAGUACAUGUGGUGCACGGCUAAGGUGCAAGGCAUGCCAUUAUGCUUAUGGACUGGUGUCUGGAUCUCCAUUUGUUUUUCUCAUUAUUACGAGCACUAGGCUAUAAAGGAUGGAACAGUGGGCCACAACAUGUGCUGUUAGGGCAGUUCUUACACACGUGCAGAUAAAACCUUGUCAAAUCGCUGUGUGGUGAUCUGGUGUUCGUGGAACCAAGUCUCAGUGCCUUUAAAGUUUCAACGUGCAGAUUUUCUCCGAUGCCGACUAUUGUGGGGUUCAUGUGUGUUUGUAUGUGCACAUAGCGCCCCCUGAGGCUUGCCGACCAUUGGUGCGAAGCAGUUUUCCUGGAGGUGGCAGCUUCUGUCUAAGGCUCGCUAGGGCUAUGGCCAAGGACCUUAAUAUUGGCAUUUUUCUUGCUGCCCUUAGUGAUAUUGUGCCGACCGUCGACCAAAAGAGAACAAAUUUCCUCUGCGGCAUUUCCCUUGCGGAAGGUUAACAAAUGUUGAAAAAUGCUUAACCAGUCUACAGGGCAGCUGUUUUAACAGACGCGCUGCAAGGCCUGAAACUGUUCGCCGCACUGGGACCUCUGCUUGGGAUGUUGAAGCAGGCAACUUGUCACGACACAGCAUGUCCUUGCACUCUGAGUACUUCGUUGCUUUUCCAGUGAUCAGGAUGCUAUGCCGAAGUGCCAUGAUACCCGAUGUUUACAUUUCCCAAAACGUAUGCAAGGGCAAUAUAAGCAAGAAAAAUUUUAAACAUAGGCCUGUGUUGCACCUACCUUGAUUUUGCCUCGUGCACAAACUUGUUUCAGUGGUGUCACUUAACUGCAGACAUUUUUUUUUUUUUUUCUGACAUGUUACUUUCUCGUGUUUACUUGACUGUUGACAUAGACAUAGUCUGGGCGUAUUGCUAGUCAAGUGACUGUGUGAUGCUGUUUGACCGGUGGCUGACUGCAUUCAAGGGGAUGGUGUGCCUUGUCAGUGUCUACGAGUGAGCUGUAUGAGGGGCCUUCUGCUUAUGUUGUGUAACCUCACAUACACUGUCUUCCUGUCUCUGCACAACCUGUCUUCAAUGUGCAUGUGUGUGUGUGUUGUUUAGCGUUCGAUAGCGCGCACAUUUUCAUUUGAAAACUGCAGUGGGGCUCAGAAUGCUGAUCUAGAGUGGCAUAUGUUGAAAUUUAGAUGUCACGUUGUUUGCAGGCAACUUCUUGAGAGCGUCUAUGGCGUUGCUUUGGCAAGCUUUGUCUUGGUGAUUUAGCGAUUUACCUCUAAGCCAGAGUGCAUGCUUUUCUUUUUUCCACAACUGUGCUGUUAUGCAGACAGUUGUACUGUUGCUCUUCAACCAUCGUGAACAAGUCUGCGACAAGCCCAUUCCUCUCUCUCUCUCUCUCUUUUUUUUUUUUUUGUUACUUGUUCUCUUCGCAACAAGCUGUUGGACGGAACCAUUUCCCUCCGUUUCGCUGAACUGUGCAUAUUGUAAACACAUAGCGUUUCACAUUGUCACUGUAGUCCUGUGCUUCCACAGAAGAGUCGGUGCACCGACCGCAUCAUUGUGCAAUUGCUUUAUGCCAUUUGUGCAACAUUUGUGUGCUCUCGCUAUAUUUCUUGCAUGCAACAAGCAUGUGGGCCUGCAUUUGCAAAUCUUCUGUUACGCAAGAACAGUCCCUACAUCGUCGGUGUUAGGGCACCUCCCGUGACGGUGAUCGGCACGGUUUCGAGACAAUCGCCACGGCAACAACCAUUUGUGGCGACAUGCCGCUUGCUUAAGGAAAGGUUUGCAAAGUGCAAGGCUCACUUUACUUUACGCAAGCCCAUCACACGAGGUUCUUGAAAGGACAGAUUGGUGCGCAAGUUGGUAAUUCGUUAUGAAAUAGAGCAUUGGAAUAAAUGAGGAACAGGAGGUGAGAAAGUGCUUGUGUCGGCACCUUGUCUUCUGUUCCUUGUUUUUGAUGCUUUAUUUCUUAAAGUUAUUGGAAGGAUGUGCCUGCCGUUGCAUUUAAACUGGUCAAUGGUGUUUCGAGGUGUUCUUGUUGCUCGACUUUUCUUUUUCCUGGUUCGCUUUGAGGCGCAAUGCUUUUUGGGCAUUCAUAGCGAUGCACCGUACCACGGCUCACAAGCCUUUCGAGCUGUGCCUCUGCCCAUUUGGCAACUGGAGCAUUCGGACAGCACUCACUUUCGUGAAUGUGUGGUUCAAUGCAUUUUUGUCAGUCUCCUGUAAGCUUAACAUGCAGAGGGCAUCUUGGUGUUGUAUGGAAAUGAGCUGUAACAAGAAAUGACUACUUUUCUAGUCACAAAAUUGGGACGAAUUUGAUGGCUUUCCAUCAUAGAUUGCACAAAUGAUUUGGACCUCUGUUUAGUACAGAGAGAGAAUAAUUUUGUCACAUAAAUAGGAAAUGAUGAAAAUUAUGAGUGGAACACUUUUCCUGCUGUUUACCUAUCUAACUGCGCAGCACCUUAAACUGGGGCUCGAUACGCUACAAUUACGCAUAGCAAUUGAAGGCACUGCAAAAGCUGCCGUUCCACAAGUAUCUUCUGGAUGUCUUUCUUAGCAACUCAUUCAACUGGAAAAAUUGGCAAAUGCGUGCCAGUUAACAGGCGAUUAAACUGCAGACCAGCUCCACCUGCAAAAAGAAAGUGUCCAUGCCAGUUUAAACUUUCCAGGGUGGAAGCCUAUAUGUUUGAUGGAAGCAGCUCGAGAGGUGCACUACUAUCUAUGCUCUUGCCAGCUGAUAGCGGCCAACAUGGCGGAGAAGUCUGCUUUGUUGCUUCUAGCUUGCACAACCCAAGUACAAGUUGCAGUUGACUGCCAUUGUUGAUGAAGACCAUACUUAAACAAGAAUGUUUGUUUUGCAUUUUGCCCACACAGUGGGCAGAGACUGAAGGAAAGGCGGAGAAAGUUCGAUACGUGCCGUCUUUUGUUGAGAAAAUUUGUUGGCUGAAUCAUGCUCUGCGGCUCCUUUCAAAGUGGGCGGUGCUUCGCAGCAGAUGCUGGAGGACGUGUUAGGCUAGCUCGGAUACCAAAAUGUAGACCUGGUAGCCCAUUCGUGCACAGCAGCAUGUUAACUCUUAGAAGAGGCUUGGGUAUUGGCGGCUCUUUUUAUAUCCCGAUCCAUAGCCCAACAUGCUGCCAACUUGCGGGCAAGGAGUGUGUGCGUGGCCCUAAGCUGAUUUGCAUUUUCUUUUUUUUUUAGAUGUAUUGUUUAAGGACCGAGAAUGAUAUAGAUGCAGAACACCCUGGCUGAUAAUUUUGGUUGAUGCUUUAGAUGUUUGCAUGUAGUUGCACUUUUCUUCCCAUUGCUAUCAUGCCUCCCCCUUCCUUUUACGUUAUUUACAGGUAGUUGUUGAGUAUUAUUAGCAGUUACAUGAAGCUGGGCUAUAUUUUUCUUGUUGUUUGAAUAGAUCCUAGCAUUCCAUGUGUUUCAUAGAGAACAACCUAGCCAGACUGUUGUACAAAAUGAGUCAGCUUGUAAGGUAGCCAUUGUUAAAAAAAAUAAAAUAUUGCAUCAGUGCU